AUGUCUACCCAUUAUGAUGCCAUCAUCAUUGGUUCUGGCCAAGGCGGCACGCCGCUCAGCAUGGCUUUCGCGAAUGCGCAGCAUAAAACCGCCCUCAUUGAGAGCUCGCAUGUUGGUGGCUGCUGCGUCAACGAAGGAUGCACCCCGACCAAGACUAUGGUUGCGUCUGGACGAGUUGGCUACCUAGCGCGACGGGGUCCUCAGUAUGGGAUAUUCACCGGUGAUGAAACAGAUUCUACAGAGAACGAUAUCAAGGUCCGAAUGAAGGUCGUGAGGCAGCGGAAGCGCGACAUCGUCGACCAAUUUCGUUCUGGUAGUGAAAGUAGAAUACGCGAAGCCGGGGUCAACCUGAUCUUUGGCACCGCAUGUUUCAAGGAUGAGCGGACGGUUCAUGUACGCACUAUGGACGGUCCGGAGAUGAACCUCACUGCCGAUCGUGUCUUCAUCUGCAGCGGAGAACGCCCGGCGAUACCAAAGAUUGAUGGGCUCGAUGUGGCUGCUUUCCCACCUAGCAUUCUACUCGACUCAACCACGAUACAGGAGCUCGGGGUUGUGCCCUCUCAUCUCGUGGUGAUUGGUGGCGGCUAUAUCGGCCUCGAAUUCGGCCAGCUCUUUCGCCGACUGGGUGCUGCUGUUACUGUCGUACAACGAGGGGCACAACUACUUCCUCGCGAAGAUACGGAUGUCGCCGAAGCCAUGCUUGGCGUGCUGAAGGAGGACGGUGUCCGGGUUCUUCUGAAUGCGACCCCUACGUCGAUCCGUCCUGCUGGCGAUGGAGACUCCACGGCCGCGUCCGCCGUGUUGGUCACAGUGUCAGGUCAGGGCAGCCUGUCGGAACUACAGGCGUCUCAUGUCCUGUUCGCCGCUGGUCGUGUACCCAACACGGAGAUGCUGAAUCUUGGCGCUGCUAGUAUUGAGACAACGGCUCGCGGCCAUAUUAUAACCGACGCACAGCUACGUACAACCAACCGUCACGUCUGGGCUCUUGGCGAUGUUAAAGGUGGGCCCGCGUUUACACAUGUCUCUUACGACGACUUCCGCUUGCUGCGCACCAACUUGCUCGAGCAGGGAAACCUUACGGUGGCCGAGCGUCUUGUGCCGUACGUUGUCUACACUGAUCCGCAACUUGGCCAUGUCGGCCUUCACGAGCACGAGGCUCGUAAGCAAUAUCCAAGUCGCAGACUGCAGGUUGCUAGCAUGCCCAUGUCAUAUGUUGCACGAGCGCUGGAAACGGCUGAGGCUAGAGGCUUGAUGAAAGCAAUUGUUGACAGUGAAUCUCAAAGGAUUCUCGGGUUCACCUGCUUGGGAAUUGAGGGUGGUGAGAUAAUGAGUGUAGUGGAGAUGGCGAUGAUUGGGGGGGUCAAAUGGACGGCAUUGAGGGAUGCAAUAUGGGCCCAUCCUUCACUGGCAGAGAGCUUGAAUAAUGUUUGGAACUUUCUAAAAUGA